GAAACCGAACGCUGAAAGAAAGUUAAAAUAACUGAGGCACCACUAAGCCAAGGGGGGCUGAUUGCAGAAGAGGGUAAACAAUUACUGAGACGCUAGAAGACCACUGCUGGAUGUAAGGGGAGGAAAUGGCUUUGAUCUCCGCCUGGCCCCUCGUUUCUCCUAUAUUAUUCUUUUUGAGAUGCUUCUCCUCCAGCACAGCCUCGAGUGAGGGAGGCGUUUUUCAGUUUGACAUUGAAGGUAGCUCAGCGGUCAGCGCGCAAGAAGCCACUGUUAUCAGAGGGCAGCAGCAGGCAGUAGCUACUGGAAGUUGGGUGCCUUUUGCUGAGGGAUGCCAAGAAGGAUUUUACCGUACCAGCGCAGGAAAAUGCUCUCCUUGCAACUGUAAUGGUAAUGCAAACAGAUGCCUUGAUGGAUCUGGAAUCUGCGUGGACUGCCAGAGAAACACAACAGGACAGCACUGCGAGCAAUGUCCGGAUGGCUUCAUCAGUGACGUUGUCAGAGGAGUGCCCACGUUCUGCCAGCCCUGCCCCUGCCCCCUGCCAGCACUUGCCAACUUUGCAGUCUCCUGUUACAGAAAAGGUGGAAGUGUGCGCUGUGUCUGUAAGGAAAACUAUGCAGGACCCAACUGUGAAAGGUGUGCCCCUGGUUACUAUGGAAACCCUUUGCUAAUUGGAAGCACUUGUAAAAAAUGCGACUGCAGUGGCAACUCGGACCCAAACCUGAUUUUUGAAGACUGUGAUGAAGUGACCGGCCAGUGCCGCAACUGCCUGCGCAACACCACCGGGUUCAAGUGCGAACGAUGCGCUCCGGGUUACUAUGGGGAUGCCAAAUUUGCUAAAAACUGUACAGAAUGUAACUGCGGAGGGAGAAUGUGUGACAGCCAGACUGGAGAAUGCCUUGCAGACAGUCCUGAAGUUUCUACUGGCACAGACUGCCCAACCAUCAGCUGCGAUAAAUGUAUUUGGGAUUUGACAGAUGACAUCCGAUUAGCAGUCCUGGCUAUUGACGAAAGCAAAUCAACUUUACUGAGCAUUUCCACAGGUGUUGCAGCUCAAAAGCGCUUGAAUGACCUCAACCUCACUGCCACCCAUCUCCAGGCAGCAAUGUCCAAAAAAAAGAAUCACGCUGAGCUUUGGACCAUCCAGGUCGAUGAUGCUGCAGAUGAAAUGAAUGAUCUCCUGAGAGAGGCAGCAACACUUGAUGAACAGGGAAAUGAAGUAUCCAGCAAAGGCCUACUGGUACAGAAGGAAACCAUGGAGACCAACAACCGUGCUACUCAGCUUGUUCAGCAGCUCAGUAAUAUGAGGGAUAACAUUCAAGAAAUCAGCAGCAAGAUGAAAUACUAUGCAAUUCAACAAGAGCUGAGCCCUGAAGAAAUUGCCCAGAAGCUGAGUGUGGCUGAGGAGAUGCUGAAGGAGAUCAAACGCCGUAAGCCUUUCACUAAUCAGAGGCAACUUGCAGAUGAGGAGGAAAACGCAGCAGAGGAGUUGCUACAGCAAGUUGAAGAGUUUCACGAGCGGUACAAUGACACCAGAUCUCUAGUAUCUGAUGUUCUGGAGCAGCUCAGCGAGCAGAAUGUGAAGCUGUCAGACCUGGAGGAGGCAUUAAACCAGGCGUUUGACUAUGUUAUACAAACAGAGGAUAUAAAUAAGGAAAACACAGCCAAUCUUCAAAAGCGUGAGAAACAACAUGAGAAAAUAAAUGAGCAAAUAGAUGAAGUGAACGGCAUUCUGCUAAGUGCCACAACUCUUUUGGUGGAACCACAACAGGUCAACUCUGAGUUGAGUGAGGUAAUAAAGAAUGUGUCAGGGUUCUACGCAGAAAUAGAUGGAGCGAAAAAAGAACUGCAAGAAAAACGAGCCAAUCUGUCUCUGUUUGAUGAUGAUUUGGUGGAAAAGGCUAUGCAUCAUGCACACAAUCUAAGAAGACUUGCUGAUGAGCUGGACAGGAAUUUGCAUGGUGUUGAUACAAAUGGGUUGGUUCAAAGGGCAAUAAAUGCUUCAAAUGUGUAUGAAAACAUUGCCGGUUAUAUUGAAGACGCUAAUAAAGCUGCAUUGCUGGCACUGAACACAACAAACCAGGUCAAUGAUGCUGCAGUUGGAAUUGAUACUCAGAUCAUUUAUCAUAAAGGUAAAAGUGAAGAACUUCUCAACCGAGCCAUGGAGCUACAACGUACAGCAGAUGACAGUAACGAUUUAACCAUUGCAGACACUAGCCGGCAUGUUAAUGGCACUCUUGCCAGAAUGAAUGCUCUGCGAAGCCAACUGAUGAGAGCCAUCACAAAAAUGCAAUCAGCAGAGCCAGUGGAGGCCAGAGAGCGUUUGGAGCAAGCUAAACUGAAGACUGCAGAGGCCGUAAGUGCUACCAUGACAGUAACACAGGCUACGACCCCCAUGGAUGAGAACGUGAGGUUGUGGUCUCAGAACCUGCAAGACUUCCAGCACAAUUCAGCAGAAUACAACAGUGCUGUGCAUUCAGCUGGGGAUGCAG